CAAGUAUUCUUCAGACUACAGCACUCCGUACUUUGUAGCAUUUCAAGGGACCAACGUACAACGGAUAUCACCAUUGUCACCCCGCCAUUGCACAACCACAACCCCCAAACCGACAUGCCUCAAAUUCGCUGUCUUUCUGUCAUUGCCAUCACCGUGGUCAGCUUGCUGGCUGGAAUAGUAGAGGGCGGGGCUAGCUCGUCAAAGCAAUCACUUUUCGCACCUUUCUCACCCGAAAAAUGCGAUAACCCUCCUUACCGCACUCAGAUCAUUUCCAAGAACCCGCUGGUCAUCUAUAUAGCCAACUUCUUAACGGACAAGGAAAUGAAACAUGUCCAGGAAGUAGCGUACGCAUCCUACAUCUCCCAUGACCCCGAAUAGCCUACUGAAAACCCUUUAGCAAGGACGAUUUCUUACGAUCCAAGGUCGCAGAAGAUGAUGGCACCUCAACUCUAGCACAAUCCCGAACAUCACAAUCUGCCGUACUUACUCGAGACGACACGAUUCGCUGUAUCGAAGACAGGGCACUCACCUUCCAAGGCUUCGAUACAAAACGUGAGCACCUGGAGUGUAUCCAGCUCGUAAAAUACGGCACGGGCGAAAAAUACAAUGCUCACACGGAUUGGUUUGAAGCCGAGUUACAGAAAACGUCCGAAAUGGGAGGCAAUCGAGAAACCUCGUUUUUCGCAUAUGUCGCAGCAUCCAACAUCACUGGCGGUGGAACAAAUUUUCCCUUGUUAGAAGUACCAAGAGACGAGAAGUGGUGCGAGUAUAUUGACUGUGAUGAGCCUUGGGAGAAUGGCGUGACCUUCCGACCAAUUCCUGGAAGUGCCGUGUUUUGGCAGAAUAUACGGGAGGAUGGGUCAGGGGAUACUUCUACGCUGCAUGCUGGGCUUCCCGUGACGAGUGGACUCAAGAUUGGGAUGAAUAUCUGGACGAGACAAUGGCCAAUGAACCCGGAACAUAAUGCUGAUUACGAAGACGAAGACGACGAAGAAUGAGCAUUCGCCAAUAUUUAUCAUUGAGAGUUGUCUCCAAUAAAAGAAUCUUUUCAAAAA